AGGAAACGUAGAGGUCUUAGGAUAAGGCGGCUACAGCUGUACCGAAAAGAAAGUAUGUCGGCAUAGCAUAGCAUUUAUUAUCACCAUUGUCUUUUCCACACAAAAAAUAACAUCUUGUGAAGCACAGGUGGAGGGAGGGAAAGCAAUGGAGAGCAGCCGCACCUUCCCGAUCCUCUUUCUCUGCAUCUGGAGUGCCGCCAUCGCCACCAUCAUUAAUGGAGAGACAUUGGGUUUGAGUAUUGAAGGGAGUCCUUUCAUCGGAAUAGGAAUAGGAAUAGGAAUAGGAGGAGGAGGAGGAGGAGGAGGUGAUGUUAAUCCGCCCCCUUCACCGCUACUCUGCCAACCACCUGAAGCACCACCGCCACCCCCACGGCGUCCAAAGGAGCUGGGACCUUCAGAUUUUUCAGACUAUAAACUUUACGUGGCCUACCGGACCAUCCAAAGGUUCAAGACAACCAUCACGAGUGACCCCAAGGGCAUAACCAACUCAUGGACUGGCCCAGACGUCUGCAACAAAUACCAGGGCUUUGCAUGUGAUAACCCCCCCUAUAAUAAAUCUGCCUUAACUCUGUCAACCGUCGACUUUAAUGGCUUCAACCUUGGAGCGGACUCAAUAGAGAUGCUGGUGGAGUUAGAGGAUCUCGCAUUUGUCCAUGCCAACUCCAAUCGCUUCAGAGGCACUGUUCCUGACUCUUUCAGUAAACUCACCCUCCUCUACCAACUGGACUUCAGCAACAACUUGCUCUCCGGCGGCUUCCCACCCGUGUUGACCCGGAUGAAAGGCCUCGAGUUCCUCGACCUCCGAUUCAAUGACUUCUCUGGCAGCAUCCCCCCAGGUAUCUUCGAGCUGUUGCGGCUUGGUGUCAUCUUCAUCAACAACAACCGCUUCGAACAAUCCCUUCCCGCCAACCUUGGACACGCCUCGGCCGCCCUACUCACCUUUGCCAAUAACGCAUUCUGUGGUCCGAUCCCGUCGUCCUUCUGUGAGCUCUCCGAGACCUUGCGAGAGGUUCUCUUCCUCAACAAUAGAUUCUCUGGGUGCCUACCCUAUGAGGUGGGGAAGCUUAAGGAGACAUUAGUCUUUGAUGUAAGCAAGAACAUGCUGAGUGGGGAACUACCAGAGUCACUGGGGUGUAUGGCAAAGCUGGAGUUGCUGAACCUGGCAGAUAACUAUUUCGGGGGGUCGCUACCGGAGUCUGUGUGCGUGCUCGGUCAAUUGAUGAAUCUUACCGUCUCUGGGAAUUAUCUGAGGAGCUUGGGGCCUGCGUGCAGGCAGCUCGCACGAAAGGGCAAGCUUGAUGACCGCCUCAACUGCAUCACCGGGCGGCCCAACCAAAGACCCGCGGCCGACUGCGCCGCUUUCUACUCCAAGCCCAGGCCCCCCUGCCGCUACCCUUCGUACCUCAUCUGCUCUCAUCGACGCCUCCAUGAGCAACUCCCCCCCACUAUAGCCAUCACUGCUUCCACACUUCAUAGGGGUAUGGUGUGGAACUGAUUUGUAAUGAAACAUGUGAUUUGACAUAGUUUACAAAAGAUAGUAUGACAGAUUAGGAUGAUGUAAUUGAUGUUGGUAAUGGGGUUUUGCUAUUUGGUUCUUUGUCUUGCUUGAAUUUAGAGAAAAUUUUCGGGUUUUUUCUUCUCUGCCAAUUUGGAUUGUAUUGAAUUGGCUACAAGCCUGGUGCUUGGUCGUAUCUAUAUUGAGAGUUUUUUUGGGUUGUCUCCUUCAUUCCUGUAAUUUGAAUGGCGCUUUUAUUUUGUGGGUUUU